AGCAGCACAUCAUCGUUUCUCGGCGGUGGCAGCGGCGGCGAGGCCAGAAAUCGAUAUCGCGCGUUUUCCCAUCUCGCCUUCCUUGUCUUGAGCGUCCGCCCGCCCCCGGGAGUAAAGCAACCGCUUCGCAGCCACCCGCGGUCCAGGCUCACGACGCUCACGGUGACGACGACGGCGCUCCUCUCCGAGAUGACGCCGAGAUAUUUAUACAUCGGCGCGACGUCGACGCCGACGUCGAAAUCGGCGGCGGUUGGCGAGUGCGAGUGCGGCGUUUGAGCGCAGCGUGCGUGCAUCUGUUCCAUCUCGGCCACGGCGGGACACAAACGUGAAAAAACGCUAUUAAAACCACAGUUUUGGAAGAAAAACGCUCAAAAUCUUAAAAAUUUUAAAGAAAACAAGUGAAAAUCAUUACUAAUUCUACAGUGAAUUGAUAAUUAUUUAUUUUCUGUGGAUAUUAUCGAGUGAUAAGGACACGGACAUCAAGUUAUCACAAUGUCAUCACUUAAACUGUCAAAUAUCAACAACUAACAGCAAAUAAUGCGUGUACUCUGCAUUUUACUCGCGUGCUGCGUUUGCUACGCAUCCCUAGCGUUCGCUGAUGAUCCAACGCUAUCAAAAUGGCGCACAAAACGCGCAUCAAGCAAACCAGACAAGACAGACUUCAGCGCGCUGCGCAAACGUCUCAACGACGAGAAAAAAGCAGCGCUACGCGAUAUAAUGGCGGCGCAUCCACGCAUGGAACCUAACACGACAUUCUUCGGCGAUGUAGCCAUUAAACAAAGCGCUGACGAUGCCGGUAAACGCAUGGAUGGCAAAGAAAAAAUGUACGCCAUCUCGAAAGUGAGUCGUGGGUCACGCACACAAGAUGGCACCGCGUGUGAUUUCGACGAUGCGGAGAUGGCGUGUGCGUGGGCAUGGAAACAGGAUGUCAAAAAUGGAUUCUUCAUCACGAAUGGAUGGAAGAAUGUGGUGAAUAAUUCGGCUGGACCGAAAUAUGAUUCGAGGCAUUAUGAUAAAGGAAAUUUCUUGAUGAUUCGUUUAAACCCACCUGAAGAUUCAUCCACGUCGAAAUGGAAUUGGACCAUCACCAGCCCCAUGUUCAAACCCACCACUACCGAACACUGCAAGCUACAGUUUGUUAUUUACACCGAGAGAAUGAACAACAGCGUGAUAAGAAUAGUUCAGCACAAUGUCACACGCACACAGGUUUUGAUUGAGCAGUUACAUCGGAAUGACUAUUCAAAAUGGGCUAAAUAUGAGAAAACUCUUGGAAGAAUCACACAAGAAUUCCAAAUCUCCCUGGAAGUCGAAACAGACGGUCCAGUUGCGCAUGCCAAAGGCGCCAUUGUUGCAUUCGAUGAAAUACGAUUGGUCGGCUGUUACGAAGAGGACGGACUGACCGGAAAAACUUUAUGCACGCCGGAUAAAUUCCGCUGCAGUGGAGCCACGCCCAACAAAUGCAUCAACUACAGUCAGUUGUGCGAUAUCACACAGGAUUGUCCCAAUGGCGAUGAUGAAGCACAAAAUUGCGAUAAAGUCCCAUAUGGUGCUCGAUGUAAUUUUGAAGUGGAUUGGUGCGGAUGGUAUAACGCUGAAAAUACGGCGUUUCAGUGGAAGCGACACGACGGCGGCAAUGUUAUGCAACAGGCGGCGACGGCACAGAGUAUCAUAGGGCCUGACUUCGAUCACACCUAUCGCAAUAGCACAGGGAAAUAUUUGCACGUUGUGCCCAAGUUCUCGGAGGUGAAAUUUGCCAGUACCGCCAUGUUGAAGAGUAUCGUGUUUAAUCCGCCUCCGAAAGUACAUGGGAAUGUUUCGUCGCCAUUUUAUAAUUCUUGUAUGAUACGUUUCUAUCUGCAUCAAACAAGUUUCCAUAAAAAUGGCAUAAUGGUACAAUUGACUGAAUUACGCCCGAAGGAAAACGUCACCAUGGAUCUCCUCUGGAGUUAUCAAUCAUUUAUUGACCCAUGGAGUCGUCAAGUGGUGAUUUUACCGAAUAUAACUCAUCGGUAUUACUUGCACUUUGAUUUUCGUAAAGGAAUUCGUUAUGUUAUGGACAUAGCACUGGAUGAUAUCUCCCUAAGUCCGGAAUGUUUUGGGCUGAAUAUUCCGGCGUCUGAAUUAGUUGACUACAACUAUUACAAUCCGGUUAUUGAUCAUCAUUUGUGGGCCAAACCACACAAAGCAUUCGAGAAUGAAACUUAUUACGAGAUAAAAACUUGUAAUGCAACUGGGAGUAAUGGUCCAGAACAACAAAAUUGUACUGAUGCUUAUAAUGGCACCAAUGUACAAGUUGAAGUGUUAAAGGAGGUUGGAUUUGUUGGGAUGCAGAAGUGGACAGUGCCAGAAAGCGGUGUUUAUACAUUCAUCCUCUUUGGAGCAAGUGGCGGUAAAGGUUCUUCCGACGUUGGUUCCUCUCGAGGUGCCAUGACACGUCUUGUCCUUGAAUUACGCAAAGGUGCAGAGUUAUUCAUGCUCAUCGGCCAAGAAGGCACCAGCGCAUGCGUGCGAAAACUAGGCGAACAAACCGUCUCCUCCUGCCAACCAGACAACACCACAGACACAGGCGAUGGCAUACGUAGAAUACUCAACAUGGAUAUUAAAAAUGGCGGCGGUGGAGGUGGCGGCGGAACUUAUCUAUUCAUGCAUAAAGGCACUACGAAUCUACCAAUCGCCGUAGCUGGAGGUGGUGGGGGUCUUGGUUUUGGUAAAUAUCUAGACGCAGCUAUACAACACGGACAAGCUAUUAACCUACAGAGGGAGCCAACUGUCGGAGAUAUGUCAGGAAGCAGUCCGGCAGGUGCUGGAGGUGGUUGGAGACGCCCUGAAGGCAUCCUCCCUGAAUUUGAAUCCCGCGUGGGUCAAGGUCUGCUUGGAGGUGGUAGAGGGGGUAAAGCGUGUUACAACUCAAAGAACGGGCGUGGUGAUGGUGGUUUCGGCGGUGGUGGAGGUGGAUGCACUGCAGGAGGAGGUGGAGGUGGUUAUGCAGGUGGUAAUGGUGGUAGAAACACCACCAAUGGCGGAGGAGGUUACUCUUACAUAGAUUCCCAACGCCCUCUGGCGGUGUUUUCGGAGGCAAUGUCAGGAUAUCACGCGGGACCUGGGCAAAUCAUGAUUAUACCGGGUGUACCAGGUUGCGAUUGUGAUUAUCGUUGUGUGGCACUGGAUCCACGAAGGGCGCAAGUGUCUUGUGUCUGUCCUCAAGGGUGGAAGGUUGCUCCUAAUGGGAAGACAUGUCUGGCGGUUGAUAUUGAUGAGAAUUAUCCGAUGUGGUUGUAUGUUAUCGCCAUGAUCAUCUUUUUGAGUAUUGCGUUGCUGGGAUGUUUAUGUUUUGUCAUGUAUGGCCGAUACAGACAAAGUUUAGACGAAGCCCUCCGCAGGAAGAUGAUGUCCGGCCCAGCUUUCCAGUUAAACCGCCUAAGACUAGCCUCUGACAGCAUGAUGACCGAAUACAACCCAAAUUAUGAAUUCGGAGGCGUGGUUUACACUUUAAAAGACUUAAAAGACAUACCUCGACAUCAACUUAGACUUGUCAAGGCUUUGGGUCAAGGUGCUUUCGGUGAAGUCUACCAAGGAUUCUACCGACAACGUGCUAAUGACACCGUGGAAAUGCCAGUUGCAGUGAAAACCCUCCCGGAGAUGUCCACAAACCAAGCAGAGAUGGAUUUCCUCAUGGAGGCCCUUAUAAUGUCCAAAUUCAACCACCCCAACAUCGUCCACUUCAUAGGAGUAUGUUUUGAUAAACAUCCAAGGUUCAUAGUCCUUGAACUCCUCGCUGGAGGUGACCUGAAGAACUUCCUCCGUGAAUCACGUCCCAAACCCGAACGCACCAGCCCAUUAACAAUGAAGGACCUUGUCCUCAUCGCCGUGGACGUCGCCAAGGGUUGUAAAUAUUUAGAGGACAAUCGGUUCAUCCACAGGGACAUCGCAGCCCGAAAUUGUCUCCUGACCACGAAAGGUCCCGGCAGGGUUGUGAAGAUUGCUGAUUUCGGGAUGUCCAGAGACAUCUACCGGUCGGAUUACUACCGUAAAGGUGGUAAAGCAAUGUUGCCCAUCAAAUGGAUGCCACCAGAGGCUUUCCUUGAUGGGAUCUUCACUAGUAAGACCGAUGUGUGGAGUUAUGGGGUUUUAUUAUGGGAGAUCAUGUCGAUGGGUUACAUGCCGUAUACAGGGUGUGCGAAUAGAGAGGUUAUGCAGUUGGUUACCAGCGGUGGAAGGUUGGAACCACCCGCGAAUUGUCCAGGACCUAUUUAUGGGAUAAUGACGCAGUGUUGGCAUCCCACCCCGGAGCAGAGACCCACAUUUGCGUUGAUUAUGGAGCGGAUGGGUUAUUGCUCACAGGAUCCACAGGUUAUGAAUGCGCCGUUGCCGAUUUUCAAUCGGCCGCCAUCACAUGAACGCGACGCGACUGUGAUGAGACCCAAUGGGGAUCACGGGUGUUUACAGAUGCAAUCGACGGAUUAUUUGAUUCCUAAUCAUUUAUUGAUGGGGAAUACCUGUCGGAUGAUUGGGUCUUCAUCAUCUAUUGAUAAACUCCUGCCGGGGAGUCAGGAUGACAGUUGGGAGACAUCUUUUGUUUUACCACAGUCAAAAUCUACGCAACCAUUGUUGCCAGGUCAAGAGGGAAUACAAAUUCUACAGGGGAAGAAACAGAAGGAGCUGGUUCUGCUGAAAAAUUACUCUCUGAUACAAAACCCUCACCCAUAUCAUCACCGAUUCUCCAAAAAUCAACGCCGAAUGAGAAAACCAGCACAAACAACACGAACAACACAACAGCACAAAACAACAAGAGGCGCACUGGUGAAACAAGCGAUGCCUGUCACGCCGACCAUGAAUGGCACAGUGCCAUCCAACAAUCCAUCUAAAUAUUCCAUCAAAGGAGCAGCGGAGAUAACGAGUAAUGGCGUCAUCCCCAACGGAUCCUACGCCAAUCAAAACAAGUACUCAUCAGAGAUACAUUGUUAAAAACAUGUGUGAACAGAAGAGAGGUUAAGGUAAGAUAAUUAAAUUUUUAAACAAAAAAUGGAUACCUACGAUGAGUGAGACGAGUGCAAGAAGAAAACCCCAGAUAAUUCAAUGUAGAUAGACAAAUAUUGCUAUUGCAAGACAUGAAAAAUACAGUGUGUGUCCAGAAAUCGGUGCUAAAAUUAAAAAAUGCAUGAAAUGCAUAGGAUAGAUACGGCACUGGAUAUUAGAAACAAAUGAAGAAUUAAGAAUUAACGAAAUAGAGUUAACCUAAACACAUUUCAAUCAUUACGUGGUUACAAAAUGGCUACAAACAUUUCACGCGAUAGUAUUCCGUACAUGUAAUAUAUGCAACCAAAUGUACACGGUACUAUCGCGUGGAUGAUUUUCUUUUUUACAAGUCUUGAAUACAACAAAGCCAAAAGCAAACUAAAAAAUGACAAAA